UGAAAAAGUACCAGAACUAAAAGUGUUUCUCAACACACAUAAUUCUGAAAAUUAUCUUCGACUUUCAAACCCUGCAGUCACAGUAAACCAAAUGUGUCAUGCUAAUCCACAUCAUGAUGGAGCCACACCAACCAGCUACAGGGAUGCAGAUUAUUUCUGCCAAAAAAGAUCAUGUAGAGUCGGACAAGUGAACCAAGAGUGUAGGUGUCAGCCAGCUCGUGAUACGCAGCAUGUAGAUCUGAUGCAGCACAGAGAGCCAGAAGAUAGAGGAGCGACUCCUGCCGUGACCAGGGAGGGUGACACGACAGGAGAGUGCGGCUGUUCGGAUUGUGGAACAACAGAGACGGCAAGGGUUGAGGAUGAAUAUAGAUCUCAGCUUCAGAGUGAUGAGGAGGAUCUUGAGCCUCCCUGUCCGCUGAGAUCUGAUGAUGAGUGGCAACACUACAGACCCUUUCCACCUCCGCACCACUUCACGCACAACUACAACCCCCAUUAUACUAUGGAUGACCAGUUCAACCUCAAUCCGGUCACCAGAUUCCUUCCUCAGCCGUGUCACCACUCUGUUCCCGGCCACAGAACACCCUGGGAUGUCUACCAAAGCUGCUUGGCUCAGGGAAGUGUUUCUGUAAACGUGCCUCAGUUCUCCGUCCCCCCGGUGGAAGGCAUGUCACAGGUCAGCGUGAUGAACCUGAGCUCCGCGGGAGCAGGGGCGUCUGUCUCACAUCCACAUGAGAAAAGAAGAACCAUCAGUCUGCCGGAUGAGUGCCGAAACGUUUUUAUAACUUAUUCUUCGGACGUUUCUUCAGAGAUGGUCCCCUUUGUUGACUUCCUCACAAAGCAAGGUUUUCAACCAACUAUUGACAUAUUUAACAACCCCUUCAGACACACGGAUACCAACAAGUGGAAGGACAGUUACCUGAAAGAUCCAUCAACCCUGAUUAUCGUCGCCAUUAGUCCAAAGUAUAAGACGGACAUUGAAGGAUAUGUAAUGGAUAGCCAUGGUCUACACACUAAAUAUAUUCACACCAUGAUGCAGAAUGAAUUCAUCCAGCAAGGCAGCUUGAAUUUCAGAUUCAUACCGCUUCUCUUCCUCGAUGCAUCCCAGAAGCACGUCCCAUGUUGGCUUCAGAACACGCGUGUUUACCGCUGGCCGCAGGACACUGAGGAUUUGUUACUGCGGCUGCUCAGGGAGGAGAGAUACGUUCCUCCUCCUGUACCUCCGGAGCUCACCCUCAUCAUCAGGCCUGUGACCCCCGGUGCUGCAGCUACACUGUAGACACACACCUGUGUUUAUGCAUCUGUUUGAUGUUUGAUGUAUUCGGAGUAUUGUGUAUUUUGAAAUCUCUGAAUUUAUCCAAGUGAGUAACGGCUCAUGUUGUCUCCAAUGUCCAACGUGUUUGUUGCUUUUCAGAUGUGUCAAUAAAGUUUUUGCCUGUGUACCCAUACACAACAAAU